AUGCCUGUUACGACUCGCAAGGUUCUACAAAACACAUACAACCUCAAAAAUGUCGCGCACCUACAACACAAACUCUUCAAACGGCAUUGGUUCCCAAAACUCCAUCGGUCUCACAUACGGGCUCGUAAUCAGCAGCCUUUUCGGAUCCACAACAUGCAGCGUCUUCCCGUCCGCUUUGUCACUCUCGGCAGCCUUCGCCAAAACCUGCGCAACAUCCUCCCUAGCCACAGUCCCAUAACAAUUGACCCCCUCCGUCGCCACGGCCCCCCCAGUAGACGGCUCAUCCACAAGCGGCCCAGGCCUAGCGAUAGUCCAACUGAUCUUCUUCUCCUUCAAGUACGCCUCGGCGCGGCUCUUCUCCAGCAACAGCGGGCGCAUGGUGUCCAUGACCUGGAACGGGACUGA